AUGGGAUCACAAAGAGAUUUAACUUCGAAUACUCCUCAAUUUUCAUAUAAUAAUGAAGAUGAUUCCUCCGAGUAUACACCAGCAAAUCCAUUUGCUGAUGAAGAAGGAGAUAUUUCAUCAUUGUCAUCAUCAACGCAUCAUAAUAUAAAUCAUAAUAUAAAUCAAAAUCAACUGCAUUUACACACACCAAACCCUAAUAGUAGUCAACAUAUAAAUUUAAAUAAUUCAUCAGAUUAUGGUAAACCAUUUCAAGCUUAUAGUGGAUAUUAUUCAAAUGGAGGUAGUUCAAAUCUAUUAGUUCAUGAAAAUUUAAGUUCAGAUGAAACAAGACUAUUGAAUAAUAAUUCAAGAAAUAAUUAUCCUCAAAAUAUAACUAAUGGUCAUGAUCCUACUGGUGAUAAUAAACUAAAUCCUUCAUCACCGGCUGAAUUUGAUAGAUAUCCUUCAAUGGCUGGUUCAAGAGUAGUAUCAUCAACUUCAUUAGCAUCACAAUUAUAUAAUCAAAAACAAUCAAAUUCAAAUCAUAAAUUCAAUUCAGGUACUUCAAGUAGUAUGAAUGAAGAAACUUAUUCAAAUAAUUCACCAAGUUUGCUUUCAAAUGAUUUUUCACCAUUUGGUGGUUACCCAGCAUCAAGUUUUCCUUUGUCUAUAGAUGAAAAAGAACCAGAUGAUUAUAUACAUAAUCCUGAUCCAAUUGCUGAUUCAGAAUAUGAUAAAAAUAGGUUUCUUUAUGAUAUGAAAAAUAUGGAUAAAAGAUCUUUAGGUGGGUUAUUAGGUUUCAUUGGUUUAUUAUUAGGUUGUUUAGCUGUUUUUGUUGUAUUACCUGCAUUAACUUAUUCUGGAGUUACAAAUGGUUAUCAUCCAGAAAGUUAUGAAAUUUUAACGGAAUAUUCAUAUCCAAUGAUCAGUGGUAUACGUACAACUUUAGUUGAUCCAGAUACUCCAGAACUGGCCCUUACAAAAAAAUCAAAAAAUGGUGAUGAUUGGACAUUAGUAUUUUCAGAUGAAUUUAACGCUGAAGGUAGAACGUUUUAUGAUGGAGAUGAUCAAUUUUGGACUGCUCCAGAUAUUCAUUAUGAUGCAACAAAAGAUUUAGAAUGGUAUGAUCCAGAUGCUUCAUCAACUGCAAAUGGUACUUUGAAUUUAAGAAUGGAUGCUUUUAAAAAUCAUAAUUUAUUUUAUAGAUCUGGUAUGGUACAAAGUUGGAAUAAAAUGUGUUUUACACAAGGACAUUUAGAAAUUUCAGCAAGAUUACCAAAUUAUGGGAAUGUCACUGGGUUAUGGCCUGGUAUGUGGUCAAUGGGUAAUUUAGGUAGACCUGGUUAUUUAGCUUCAACUGAAGGUGUUUGGCCAUACUCUUAUGAUUCUUGUGAUGCAGGUAUAACUCCAAAUCAAUCAUCACCAGAUGGUAUUUCAUACUUACCUGGUCAAAGAUUAAAUGCUUGUACUUGUCCUGGUGAAUCUCAUCCAAAUAGAGGUACUGGUAGAGGUGCACCAGAAAUUGAUGUUAUUGAAGGUGAAGUUUCAACUGAUAGUACUGGUAAAAAAUCUAAUAUUGGUGUUGCUUCACAAUCUUUACAAUUAGCUCCAAUGGAUAUUUGGUACAUGCCAGAUUAUGAUUUUGUUGAAAUUUAUAAUGCAUCAGUUACAACAAUGAAUACUUAUGCUGGUGGUCCAUUCCAACAAGCUUUAUCAGCAACAACUACAUUAAAUGUUACAUGGUAUGAAAUGGGGGAUAAUGAACAUAAUUUUCAAACUUAUGGUUAUGAAUAUCUAAAUGAUAGAGAUGAUGGAUAUUUACGAUGGUUUGUAGGUCAAGAUCCUACAUUAACUGUUUAUUCAAAUGCUUUACAUCCUGAUGGUAAUAUAGGUUGGAGACCAUUAUCAAAAGAACCGAUGUCAUUAAUUUUAAAUCUUGGUAUUUCAAAUAACUGGGCUUAUAUUGACUGGAACUCAUUAUUCUUUCCAGUUACAAUGAGAAUAGAUCAUGUUAGAAUAUAUCAACCAAAAGAUCAAAUAAAUUUGGGAUGUGAUCCAGAUGAUUAUCCAACUUAUGAUUAUAUACAACAACAUUUGAAUUUAUAUGAGAAUUCAAACUUAACUUCUUUUGAAGAUGGUGGUUAUAGCUUUCCAAAAAACAACCUAACAAGUAAUUGUUAAACAAGCACAUUAUUAUUUUAGAUUAUUUAUAGAAUGUACAAUAUACAAAUGGGUUUAGAAAGAUUUACAAUUUUACUCAAUCUAUUAGCCAAAAUUAUCACAGUUGAAUAAUAUCAGAUUCUCAUGUUUUAAUUGGAUCUUGUUUUGAUAAAUGGUCUAAAGUUGAUGCCACAAUUAAUUGUACUAUAGGUCUAAAAUUAUGUGCCACAGUCACAAAAAUGAUACCAUCCCCCAGAUCGACUCAGAAAAUAUUGGACUAUAUAAUGGCAUGAAAUUCUUGGAUUAAGUUAAACAAUUAAUCAUGGUUAAAAUAGAAUCAAUUGGUAUUAUUGGUGGUGGUCCCGGUGGUUUAGCUUCACUUUAUGAAUUUUUACACACAGAUAAAGAUGGUAAAUCAACAGUCGGUCAUGAAGCUGCAAAAAAUCCAGCAUUUUCAAAAAUAGUUGUAUUUGAACAAAAGGAUAAAGCAGGUGGUAUUUGGGCUCCAGCUACUUUAAAAGCCGAUUUACCUGUUCCGCCACAGGAAUUAUUAAAUAUUAAUUAUAAUGAUCCAAAUAUUGUUAGACCAAAAAUUCAACCCCCAAAAGAUGUAGAAUCUGCAACUUAUGAAAAACCUAUAAUUGAAUCUACAAAUGAAUUGAAUAGUGAAUUACAAUGGAAAAGAUCAGGUAUUUAUCCAUUUUUAUUUACAAAUAUUCCACAAAGAUUUACUAGAUUUAGUUAUUUACCAGAUGAAAAAGAAUAUCAUGAUAAAUCAAGAAAAAUUUAUCCAUUUUUAUAUCAUCAAGAAUUAGCUCAAAGAUUUAGUCAAUUUAUUGAAGGUGAAAAAUUAGAAAAUUGGAUUAGAUUUAAUACUAGUGUUGAAGAUGUCUCUAGAAAAGAUGGGAAAUGGGUAAUUACAGCUAGACAAGUUGAAGAUGGUAAAGAUAAAUGGUAUCAAGAAACUUUUGACGCUAUAGUAGUUGCUAAUGGCCAUUAUACAGUUCCAUAUAUUCCUAAAAUUCCAGGAUUAGCUGAAUAUAAUGAAAAAUUUCCAAAUCAAUUUAUUCAUGUUAAGUCAUUUAGAAAUUUAAAUGAAUUCAAGAAUAAAGAUGUUUUAAUAAUUGGUGGUUCAAUUUCAACAGCUAAUGUUUUACAAUAUUUAGUACCUAAUGCUAAAUCAGUAACAAAUUCAAAAAGAGGUAAACACUUAGUAUUUGAAUUUAUUAAUGAUGCAUUAGUUUCAAAGGGUAUUAAUUCAAAAGGUCCAAUUGAAAAAUUUGAUCCAAUUGAUGGGGUUGUUCAUUUUUCAGAUGGUACAACUGGUAAAUUUGAUAAGAUUAUAUUUUCAACUGGUUAUCAUUAUCAUUUCCCUUUCUUAAAUGAUAAUUUAGCAAUUAUUGAUCCAAGUAAUAAUUCAAGAGUUAAAGGAUUAUAUUUAGAUACUUUUUCACAAAAUGAUCCAACUUUAGGGACUGUUGGAAUUGCAGUAUCUCACUUAAAUUUUCAUACCAUUGAAGCCUCGGCAGCUGCAUUAGCUGGUGUUUGGUCAAAAGGUGCAUCAAACGAAUUACCGUCAAAAGAAGAACAGCAUCAAUGGGAAAUUGAAAAAGUUGCAAAAAGUGGUGAUUCAAAUUUAUUUCAUUUUGUUCCUCCUGAUAAUGCACAAGAAUUUGUUGAUUCUUUAAAACCUUAUUUUGCAAAAGGUAGAUAUCAACCAUUGGAAAAAGAUGGCAAAUAUAUUGAAGAAUUGCAAACAGGUCAUGAUCAUUUAGCCAAGUUGUUUUAUGAUAUAAAGGAUAAGAAAUUAACAAUUGAAGAAACAUCAAUACCAUUUGUAGAAGUUAAAUAG